AUGUCUAAUCAGUUGUACGUUACGAUUGACAUCGUAGUACGUACGGUUGGAAGCGCUGACGGCAUCAUUGACAACCCAUUUCGAGAAUAUUCGAAGGCAAAGGCAAAGGCAAAGAGACUGUGGAGUCUAUCACUGUUACUGAAAGUUCCCCCGAGGAUUCCAUUAUUUGGGGCCUACAGAAGUGGAACAAAUAUUGCAAGAAGAAAGACAGAUGCGGAUAAAAAAGGACUGGGAGUGAUUCGACACCUAAUACCCAAAAACGCCCACAUUGCGUCGGAGCUUAUGCAGCACAAAGUAUUGGAAUGUCAGGAUCUAGGAUACGAAGUAUUUCGUUACAAUUUUAACCCUAUUGUAGUUAAGUUUCUCACGAAAGCCCGUCAAAAGAUGCGGUUGUUUAUGGAGCAAACACUCAUGGUUCGAAUGAAAUACGAUUGGAAGAUUUGGAUAAGCUAA